AUCAUGGACAUAUGUGAAUCUAUCCUGGAGAGGAAGCAGCAUGACAGUAAGCGGUCUAGAUGCAGUAUCUUGGAGCAGACAGACAUUGAAGCUGUUGAGGCUCUUGUUUGUAUGAGCUCUUGGGGUCAAAGAAGCCAGAAAGGUGACCUAUUAAAGAUAAGACCCCUGACACCUGUCUCUGAAUCUGGGGAUUUCACCGCCACUAUGCCUGUGGAUACAGUCACACCUGAGCUACCAAAGGACUUCCAUUCUUUGUCAACUCUGUGCAUGACUCCUCCACAAAGCCCAGAUCUCAUAGAACCAUCAAUGGGGACACCUGUUCCUUCUCAUGUAACUGAUUCCAAAACACGCAUGGCCACCAACCCCGCCCCCACCUCUGCUGUGGCUGUCCACAUGCCGAGCCAAGCGGAGGAGAGAGGACUGCCUGGCCCCGAGUCCAAGGUGCCGAAGCCAGCAAAGCCAGCGGAGCCGGCUGCCGGCUUGCCCUGCAGAGCCAUGGUAACGAGUGUGAUCCGCCACACUGGGGAGAGCCCUGCACCCGCCCACCUUCCUGCAUCUCAGACUCAGCAACAGGGACUCUCCGGCAGCAGAGGAGAAGCACAGCUUUUGGGACAUUGUGAUGCUUUUCAGGACAUACGCCGCACUGACAGUUUACAUUUGCUUAACACUAACACGGUAUCCUGUCAGCCAAGCUUGCACAACCCUGGUGGCCUCACACCCCCCGAGAAAGGCCAGCGGGCAGUUCAAAACUGCUCACCAAAGAAUUAUGACAAUGACUUGCCAAGGAAAGCCACCCCUCUGAUCUCUGUUCCUGUCCCCAGCCCCCCAGUCCUUUGCCAAAUGAUCCCCGUGACCGGACAAAAUAGCAUGAUACCAACUCUGAAGUCUUUUCCUCAAGCGUCAGCAAGGGCGGUCAGACCCAUUCUACCCCAGACUGCUCCAGUUGGCCAGCCCAUGUUGAGACCGUCCAUACCUCAAGGAACUAUGAUGCUGGUGCUCCCGCAGGGGGCCCUCCCUGCACCUGCCCCCUGCUCCUCGAGUGUGAUGACUGUGGGGAACACCAGGUUACUGCCCCUUGCCCCUGCUCCGUUUUUAAUUGCCUCUAGCCAAAACUGUCCCCCUCAGGUAGACUUUUCCCGGAGGAGAAACUAUAUCUGCAACUUCCCAGGCUGCCGGAAAACCUACUUCAAGAGUUCCCAUCUCAAGGCUCAUCUUCGAACUCAUACAGGGGAGAAGCCUUUCAAUUGCAGCUGGGAUGGCUGUGACAAAAAAUUUGCUCGUUCAGAUGAACUUUCCCGCCACCGCAGAACUCACACGGGGGAGAAGAAGUUUGUGUGUCCAGUGUGUGAUCGGCGGUUCAUGCGCAGUGACCACUUGACCAAGCAUGCCCGGCGGCACUUGACUACCAAGAAGGUCCCUGGCUGGCAGGCAGAGGUGGGCAAACUAAACAGAAUUGCCUCUGCGGAAAAACCUGGAAGCCCACUCAGGACCACGCCACAGUCUGUGCCUGAACAGUCAGCCAGGGAAUGA